UGAUGCCAUCUUAACCACGUGGGCAGAACCCCAUCUCUGCUGUCUUUGAGAGACAAAACUUUUAACAACAACUUGUCUUUGAUUAGGAGCAAACAUCCAUCCUGAUCCAUCUACGCAGUUGAAGUUAGGGGCCACGUGGCUUGCAGGUCUCGCGCUGCAUGCUCCACUGUGUGAGGAACGUGCUCCGUGUGAAUUCCAGUCAGCGUGGAAAUAACACGCUACGCUACAAACACAGGCAGACAAAUCUACCGAGAAGGACAUGGAGUUUGAGGAGUCGGGUAUCGGUGAGGAAUGCGGGGUGUUCGGCUGUGUCGCAGCGGGCGAAUGGCCAACACAACUGGAGGUGGCACAGAUUUUGACACUUGGGCUUGUUGCAUUGCAGCACAGGGGUCAAGAGAGUGCUGGAAUUGUCACAAGCACUGGAACAAAUCCACCGAUAUACACCACUCUGAAGGGAAUGGGUUUAGUGAACACUGCUUUGAAACCUGAAGACUUGCUGAAGCUGCGCAAUGGUAACCUUGGUAUUGGACAUACACGUUACUCCACCACUGGCAUCUCAGAGCUGCAGAACUGCCAGCCUUUUGUGGUGGACACCCUGCAUGGCAAGAUUGCUGUAGCACACAAUGGAGAGCUGGUCAAUGCUUCUGCACUGCGCAAGAAGGUUAUGCGACAUGGGGUUGGCCUCUCCACCUGUUCGGACAGUGAGCUUAUCACUCAGCUCCUUGCGCUGACUCCACCCAUGGAGGAGCUUGACACUCCUGAUUGGGUGGCUCGUAUUAAAAAUCUGAUGACAGAGACACCUACAUCAUACUCGCUGCUAGUGAUGUAUAAAGAUGUGAUCUAUGCUGUGAGAGACCCCUAUGGAAACAGGCCUCUCUGUAUUGGACGUCUAGUGCCCAUCUCCAAACUGCACAGCUCAGGUGCUGGAGGAGACACAGAAGGCUGGGUGGUUUCAUCUGAGUCCUGUAGCUUCCAGUCCAUUGGAGCAAAGUAUUAUCGUGAAGUGCAGCCUGGAGAGAUAGUCCAGAUCUCUAAAAAUGGAGUGAAGAGCUUGAGUGUUGUCCUACGCACAGAGGGAGACCCUCCUGCCUUUUGCAUAUUUGAAUAUGUUUACUUUGCCAGGCCAGACUCUAUAUUUGAAGGUCAGAUGGUAUAUAUUGCGAGGCAGCGCUGUGGACGGCAAUUGGCGAUUGAGGCCCCCACUGAUGCUGAUGUAGUCAGCACUGUUCCAGAAUCAGCCACACCUGCAGCAUUAGGAUACGCACAAGAGUCCGGACUUCCAUAUGUAGAGGUACUGUGUAAGAACCGUUAUGUGGGCAGAACGUUCAUUCAACCAAAUACUCGACUGCGUCAGCUUGGAGUAGCCAAAAAGUUUGGAGUUUUGACUGACAACUUUGCUGGCAAACGAGUGGUGCUUAUUGAUGAUUCUAUUGUCAGGGGCAACACAAUCUCCCCUAUUAUUAAACUGCUCAAGGAAGCAGGUGCAACAGAGGUCCACAUUCGAGUUGCAUCACCUCCAAUCCGGUUCCCAUGCUACAUGGGCAUCAACAUUCCUACCAAAGAGGAGCUAAUUGCUAACAAACCAGAGUUUGAGGAUUUAGCUGGCUAUAUUGGUGCUACAAGUGUGCGUUACCUGUCUGUUGAAGGCCUGGUGUCUGCUGUUCAAGGUGGGAUAGAGUCACAUGGGAAAGAUGAGAGGAUCAGCUCUAGCACUAAAACUAGACUUGGCCACUGCACAGCCUGCCUUACAGGCAAGUACCCUGUGGAGCUGGAGUGGUGAAUUGCAGGCCUUCAAACUGCUGUUCAAAUCAAUGUCUUAUUAACAGAGUACUUCUGUACAGAAUUAAUAUACAUGCCACUUUAUGACUUAAAACUCAAACUGUGGUGCUAGUUAAUGCCUUAACAUAGGUCAAAGCAUUUGUAAAUGUUAUAGAUAUUGUCUAAAAAGGCAGCCCAUGAACAGAGUUGGAACUAAAAAUAUAAUCAUAUGGAUCUAUUUUGAAUUCUCAAACAUUCCUUUAAAAGUGUUCCUUGAAAUUCUUGCUGGUGAUAUCAAUUCAACUAAGACCUAGAGUUCAUUCUCACCUUCAAAACAUUAUAUCUUGUAACAUUCCUUUGAGAAUUUAUAUUUCACUAUCUCUGUUAGCGUAUCUGAGGAAGUUUUGUAUCACUGUAAGUUGUCCUACUCUUUCAAGACAUAUUUUCCCACUAUUCUAUUAAUCCUCAACGCAAAAAACAAACAAAACUUUUGUAUGUGAAAUGCACAUGUUUAUUAGAAUUAAAAGUUUGUUUAAAAAUAA